UUUUCAAAUUCCAUAAAAUGAUAAUGUUUUCCUUUAUCAUAUAAGUUCUUUCAUUGUAGUAAGACAGAUGUGACAGUAUCAGGUGGAGAUGCUUAGCAGAGAAGACUGUAACACGGGGAAGAAGUUUUUAAAGGGAGAGGGCCACCUCUUUUGCCCUUUACUGGGAAACUACAAAAAUAGGGUGAACUUCCAUCUAAAUGGGAGAGUUCAGAACAGAAAAAGGAACAGAUGGUGUUAGUGCUUGAGUACCACCAUUUGCUUUUUCUCCUCAAUCCCACCUUUCUUUUCUUUUUCUUUGGAAGCUGAGUUGAGGGAGACGGGAGGAUUGAGCCCUUGACCUCCAUGGCAGACUCAUCUUCCAGCGACACAGAGAGCUGUAGCUCUGAAUGCAGAUCCAACCUGAGCCUCUCAGUGGGCUAUUUCCCCUGUGAGGACACCUGUGAGGACACCACUGCCUGUGAAGACACGCCUUCCAAGGGUUCUCCGAUCCACUUCCUCCCUCCUAUCCAAGGGACAUGGAGGACUGGAAGUACAGGGAGACUCUGGAAGAGACAAGACCACACUGAGGACAACCCAGAGCAGUUCUGCAAACUAAGUAUUGCCUUGGCCUGGGGUGUUGAUGUGGACUCUAAAAAUGCAGACUCCAUAACUAACUGGGAUCUCAGUGAUGACAAGUGGAUCGACAAGUACCCAGAGGAGAGAACGAAACUGACUCUCAGCAGACUGGAUGGUCUCGUGCAAACGCUGGAGAAAUUCCUAGAAAAUGAGAAUGAAGAUGAAGGUGAUGUCUCAGUGUUCGCAGGAUCUACUCGGGAAGAAGAUUUCCAGCUGUCCAGCAGCUUCCCUCCAGAUAUGGCUCAGAUAAGCCAGGCAACUGGCAGCCAAAAGGCAAGCACCAUCGACACCUCCUCUGUCUCGUCGGGGCAGGCGGCGGAGGACGACGAGCCUUCCAACAUGCAGGGCUUAUCCUGCCUGAACUUCGGGUGGUCACUCUUCCGCUGGCUGAGGCAGCAGGUCGUCUCCUCUCUCCGGCGCAGAAAGCCCACUGUGAGAGCCCCCAAGAACCCCCAUAAGCCAGCAGCAAAGAAAAGAUUCUCUCGCAAAUGCAAGAGAAUCCAACCCCAAGAAUCCCUUGAGUUAUGACACCCUAUAGUCCAGAGUUUUAAAUUAUUUGAUAGUCCCUGUUCCACAGUCCCCAUGGGUUUAUGUUUUCCCAAUAAAUAAAACCAAUAUUCUUGUUAUCCAUGAUUUCCCCUUCCAGCAUACUAUCUUGACUCAGUCUGAAAGAGUAUUUAUUUUUAGGAAAUUUUAAGUAGCAUUAUGCAUCCCAAACUAAUGGCAUUCUUUUUUCUCUCCUCCCCACUUCUCGCUGUAUUUUACUGUAUGCUGUCUGUCUUAUGUACUUUAACAUUUUAACCUAUUGUAUCAUUAACCCAAAUCCCCAUUUUCAGCAAGCAGAAGUGCACCCCAGCAGAUUCCCACUGUGACAGCAUGACUUUGAUUGAACAAGGCUUGAAGAAGUGCAGAGGAGACUGAGGCACAGAAGAUGCUAAUUUCGGUCACUCCUGUUGCCAGAGAUCAGACAGCAGUUCCGAUGUUUCUGGGGACCAGACUGGUUCUAGCAUGUGUUGCCUUGGCUGUAACAGUGGCCGACUUAGGAAGAAGAUGAAGACUGAGAAUGCCACUCAACCACUUUAAGCCUAGCUUCCCUGGUUCAUAAGACGGGCAAGAUAACAACACAUACCUCAUGGAGUUGGUGUGAAAAUGGGAUGAUGCAAGCACGUGAUUAAAAAACUGUUGCUGCUAUAGUCAUUCUCCUGAGGAACUCCCCAGAAGACUUGAUUCAAGGGCUAUCCAAAAGUGAGAGUCUGAGUCAAUUCCCACUGCAAUUAUUUCCCAUGCAGAAAUAGUCACCAGAAGUUAAGGGUUUUCAGCUGAUCUUGGCUUGAUCAGGGACUCUUCCAACCCAUCCCUGUGCCCUCUGAAAUUCCUUUGCAAGUGUCAUUGAACUUCCCUUUAAAAGUCACCUUCUUUGAGGAAGACUGGCUAUUUUUGUUAUCAGGUCACUCCCCCCCAGUGUCACUAUCAUCAUUCUCACUCACAGGUUCACUCACCAUCCUCCUCUUUCAGCUUGUACUACCAUCCUGUGUGACCUUCAGAGCACGAUUCCUUAGUCUCAAAUUCCUUCCUCUCCUCAACUUCAAUUUCCUUAUCCUCUUCCUUCCUUCUACAAAUAUUUAGCAACAGGAGGGCCAGAUACUUUUCUAGAUUAAAAAGAAGACUUCAUCUUUGGGUUCAAGUGCCUUAUUAUUUAAGCG